AAUCGGAUAUGUCCUAGAUUCCUAUUUUCGACUAUCACUUGAACCCGGCUUUUACCCCACGCUCCGUUCACGUCGAGUAGCGUCAGUGCGGAAGUAACUAAGCCUACGUGGGGAAGGAAGGUUGGCUCGGCUCGGUUUGAAAUGAAACUCUCCCUAGGACACAGCCAAUGUAGUGUACAUUUUACGGAACCUACGAUACCCUACCGCGCCUCACCAAACCCCCCAAACUCCCCGCCCCGCUAGCUGAAUGGCGGUCUAGAUCGAUGGGAGGGCUAGCAGGGUAGUUACCUGUAAUGCUUCGGUGGCUGCGGCAGUCUCUUCGGCAGGUGUCAAGUCUGAUGGCCCGUAGACCAGGGCUUGUCUGCGGGGCAAUACUGUUGAGUGUUUUGUUACUACUGGCUGUUAAAUUCACUUGCAGCCGGGCUAAGAAUGUGGUGGCGGCGGCGCAUCCCCCGGUGAGGUUCAUCUCUGCAGAGGCCCCUAUGGUGGACCUCUACCUUGGUCAGCUCGAGCAGGUGGAGAGGCUGAGGGCAGUGGCAGAAGUGUCUCUCAUCUUCUUCUACGCCCCCUGGUGUGCUCACUCCAUCGCCGCUCGCCACGAGAUCCAGGAGGUUGCCAGGAGGCUUGCCAAACAGGUGCAGUUUGUGGCGGUGAACUGCUGGUGGAGCCAAGGGAAAUGCAGGAAGCAAAAGAGCUUCUUCCAAUACCCUGUCAUCCACCUGUUUUACAGGAGGUUUGGGCCAAUAGAAUACAAAGGUCCGUUUGUGGCGUCCUAUGUAGAGAGUUUUAUCCUCAGAGUCAUCACGCCACUGACCUAUCUGCCGUCACGAGCCAUGUUACAAGACUUCCUGUCUUAUCAUGAGCCUGGGGUGGUGGGCUUCUUCCCGUUCAACUCUUCCCCUCAGCCCCCAGGCUACAUUACAUUCCUGUCCUCGGCACUGCAAGCCCUCAAAAGAGACUUUAGGGGUUCGGUGCGUUUCGGGGUGGUGACCAGCAGGCAGGUGGCGGAGUCCAUCUCCGUCCGAGACGACCAGACAGUCUACCUCCACAGACACUUUAACUCCUCACUGAUCUACCCCAGUUGGGAGCGUAACUUCACCUCGGAGGGCAUAUGUUCCUGGGUCUUUGAGCACCGCGAGACCGUCCUCCAAUGGCUGCAGCCGCCCGGUGCUAAGUCCCGCCUCCUUGAGCAGGAACUGACCAAAGGCCCGGCCCUCCUCCUCUUCCUGCCCCAUAAUCCCUUGAGUCCGACGCCUGACCCACUGCUAACGCAGAUUGCAGACAUCGCGUUGCGUUACCAUUCCUGCAACAACACCACCCCUGAUCAGCAGAACAUCCACCUCUACGAAGAGCCCCUCCCCCCCUCUACGUGCUGCCUGUCAGUGGUUCCUCCCAGGCCCCACCCCCUCUCCCCGGCCUCUCCCUAUAGGGUGUGUGAGCUCUGUCUCAAUCAAUCACAUUCCCACUCCGCCCCCUGCACAUUCCCCUCCCAGACAUCGGGCGGCGCCGCCGUGCUCCGGGCCUACCUCAGACGCUGCUGCCUUUCACCGGUCGCCGAGACAGUGUCGCCCGUUGCCUGUAGCAACAUCCUGAGCAGCUACAGUCCGGCGGGUCGCUAUAGCGCCUGUUGCAGAACCUUUGGGUCACUAGGGGUGUCGGUGCCCCCACAGCAGGGGCUAGAGGGAGACCCAGAGGGAAGAGAGAGUCCCCUCCCCCCUCCCUCAACCCCCUCCCCCCAGGACUCACUCACCUUCCCCGAAGAGGACCAGGAAGGGGGCGGGAUCAAAGGCCUGAGGUGUCGUACCAAUAAGACUCUCCGGUUUUACGUCCUGGACUCUGGCCUUCACUGGCCACUGGCGGUGCGUCUCGGAGCUCGGGGCAACGCCGGGGCGGGCCGUGGACGGGAGGAGUUUGGGCGGUUGCUGAGCAACGGGAGUGCCAGCGGCGGCCGGUCGUUUGCGGCCAUCGUGAACCUGAAGGACGAGGUGCAUUACGUGCUGGACUGCGGUUGGAGCUCCGCCGUGACCGAGACCCUGGAAAUGUUCAUUAUGAACUUCAGUACCCCCCACAGCCCACUGAAAAGACACCUGGUGGGGGGGGGAGCUGUGGAGGGGGGAGAGAUGAGGAAGGAAGAAGAGGGGGAGGAGAGGCAACCCCCUUCGGAGCGACCGCUCAUAUCUGACCUGACCACCUCCUCCUUCCUCAGUACAGUCAUGGAUCCUCACAGGGAUGUGGUGUUGUUCUACUACAGCCAGUGGUGUGGACACUGCUCCGUUCUAAACCAUGUCAUCAUCCAGCUGGCCAGAAUGUUCCGGGGCAACGGUAACGUCACCAUCGCCAGGGUGAACGUGGCGAUUAAUGACCUGCCUUGGGAGUUCAUGGUGGAUCACUUCCCCUCUGUCCUCCUCUUCCCCAAACACAGGAAACACCAGUCCGUCAAGUUCCCGGAGGACACUCCCAUCACACUUCCCAACCUGUUACGCUUCAUCCUGAAGCAUUCCGACUCCGGCCACCACCCGGAACAGCCAAUGAAACCCGGUGGACCUGAGCCUAACUCUCGUGCUCUCCUCAAGGCGGAGUUCCGGGCCCUACAAGGAGAGGUCCAGACGCUGCACCGGGCCCGCCAGCGCCUCUCCGACCAGCUGGCCCAACUCUGGCGAGAGAACAGGCGAUUGUCCUUCAACGCGGUGGCCCUGGAGACCCACAAUGCACUGCUGCAGGCCCAGAAUGCUGAGCUGCUGCGGGAGAGACGGAGUCUAGAGGAGCAGCACCGGGAGAAGAGCAGGCAGCUAGGGGAGGCGGUCAGGAGACUUCAGGAACUAGCGGACGCCUCUGAGAGCCUGCUCACAGAGAAUACACUGCUGAGGGUCCUACUGGCCGUGCUGAGGGAGAGGGGGGAGGAGAGGGUGGUGGAGGGGGAAGAGGAGAGGGAGACGGGGGAAGAGAUAGGGGAAGAGAUGGGGGAGGAGACGAGUUCAAUGACCUCUUGAUGUCUGGGUAACAAGUACAGCUGGUAGAAUGGGAGGAGAGCGAGCAGACGGGGAGGAGGUGGAGCGAGAGAGCAGACGGGGAGGAGGUGGAGCGAGAGAGCAGACG